AUGACCCCUCCCAACAGAAAUCAUAACAGCUCGAAAGAUGCUUCAGCUGACGCAUCAUCAAGAAGCAACUCGCCGUCCUCUUCGGAUUCUCUGGUCCACAUGAUCCUUUUGGGGGCACCCAGGAUGGUCGAGCUUCCCGUGCCGUUCAAUACAAGGAUGGGCGCGUCCGAGGAAAGACAACAGAGUAACCUCCAACAUAUCCUUUCGACAGUGAUUGGCAUUAUAGAAGACGAUACUUCCUCAUUGCAUCCAAGGCUUCGUUAUGGUGUCGAGUCCUACAGAUCAUCUUUAAUGGGAGACUACAAGCACACAUCAUCAGGUCCCAAGAACAAGAAGCAAUAG